AUGGCUUUUAAAACAGAUGCUCAAAUCUCUCAAUUUGGUGGUAAGUUAUAUAAACUUACUCAUCCUUCUAAAUCAACCAAAACAGACAUGAAUGUGAACGUUUUUGUCCCGCCAUCUAAGAAUGAUAAGAUUCCAGUUUUAAUCUACUUAUCAGGUUUAACUUGUACUCCAAAUAAUGCUAGUGAAAAAUCCUUCUUCCAAUACUUCGCUAGCAAGUAUGGGUUUGCCAUUGUUUUCCCAGAUACUUCUCCUCGUGGAGCUAAUAUUCAAGGUGAGGAUGAUUCAUGGGAUUUUGGUACUGGUGCUGGUUUCUACGUUGACUCUCUUCAAAAACCAUGGUCUGAAAACUAUAACAUGUAUUCCUACAUCCACAAAGAAUUAUUGAGUGAAUUAGCUAAAGAAUAUCCUCAAUUGGAUUUUGAAGACAAAAUUUCAAUUACUGGUCAUUCUAUGGGUGGUCUUGGUGCUUUGAAUGGUUUCCUCAAAAACCCAGGUAAAUAUAGAUCAGUUUCUGCUUUCGCUCCUAUUUCUAAUCCUUCUACUUGUCCUUGGGGUGAAAAAAAUUUCGGUAACUACUUGGGUGAUAAUAAACUGGAAUGGUUGAAAUACGAUCCUUCUCAUUUAAUUAAAGAAUACACUCACGAAAAUCAACCAGAUAUAUUGAUUCAUCAAGGUGCAGCUGAUGGUUUCUAUGCUAAAGAUAAACAAUUACAACCAGAGAACUUUGUCAAAGCAGCUGAAGAAUCUUCUUAUAAAGGUAAAGUUGAUUUAAGAGUUGUUGAAGGUUAUGAUCAUCUGUACUUUUUCAUCAGUACUUUCACUGAAGAUCAUGCUAAAUUUCAUGCAAAACAUUUGGGUUUAUAA